AAUCAUAAAAAAAAAACAGCAGCCGCGAAGCCACCGGACACGUAAGCUGCAAAACGUCAACAUGAACUAACAUUUUAUAUAAACUGCUUUCGAUUCAAUAUUUCUUAACAGUAUAUUAAGGUGUUAUAUUUAUUAUUAAAUAAUAAAUAUGUUAGAAUCUUAUGUAUCACCCUAUCUCUUGGGUUACAUCAAUAAAUACAUAAAAAAUCUGAAGCCAGAAGACCUCCAGUUGUCACUAUGGGGAGGCGACCUGGUACUCAACCACUUGGAUCUCCGACUGGAAACCCUUGAGCGAGAGCUAAAUCUUCCUUUGGCAUUCGUCAGUGGACAUAUCCAUGAGCUUCGCAUUCACGUCCCUUGGUCUCGUCUUGGUUCAGAGCCAGUGGUCGUUACUAUCAACACAAUUGAUCUGAGUUUGAAAUUGCGAGAUUCAGAAUCCGCAGACCAUGACAGUGACAGCUCCAGCAGUACGUCCUCAAAAACAUCCAAGGCAGUUUCAGAAAUCAAAUCACCAAAACGGCAAACGCACAACGAUGAGGAAAUGCCACCAGGGUACGUACAGUCACUGAUGAAUCGCAUCAUCAAUAAUGUUUCGAUCGUUGUAAACAACUUAAUAUUAAAGUACACAGAAGGUGACAUGGUGUUAUCUAUCAAUAUACAAUCAUUAGAAUCAUUUUCUGCCAAUCAAAACUGGGAACAGCAGUUCAUUGACCUAGCACUACCGGAUUUGGUGUUGCGUAGAAUAAUUGAAGUGUCUGAUUUGACUGUGUGUCUUGAUAAACGAAACGCGAGCGGAAAGAUUGAGAACUACCAAGAACCAGUUGUAUAUCGCUGUCAGUUGGAUAUACGCAUUCUAUCAACGUAUGGUCAUUUGAACUCAAAGCGUGCAUCUGCAAUCAAGUUGAGCUUGCAUUGCAACGAGUUAAAUAUGUCAUUGAGCGAUCAACAACUUCCUAUGUUUAUUCGGGUUGUGCAGUUGGUGCUGGCGCUUUAUUACGGUGAAAUUGAUCUUCCUGGAAAAGAGGAUAAUGAUGAUGGAUCAACCAAAAACGAUGAGAAAGUCAAUCCUUCAGAUGCAAUUACUGAUGGAAAUGCAGUAUCUUCAGAAUUUGGUCCCGAGGAGCAUCCGCCUGGGUGGAUGGCAUGGGCUUGGUCAUACGUUCCAGAACUUAUAUCAUAUGAGGAUGACGAAGAUCCUGAUAAUGAAGGCACAACAAACAGAAAACCUCCUACUACUACACUCUCAAUAGGCAUGUAUUGCUCCACUGCAUCCAUUACAUUCAAGAUGACUGAAUUCAUAGCCAAUAGAUCCUUCUAUGGGCCUCCAAAGCCGACCUUUAAACCCUACCUAAGGUUACAUUUGAAUGGUGCCACUCUUGAAGUACUUCUGCAUGGUCUGACCUUCUUCAAUGUUCAAAUAGCGUUUAGUGAGAUUCAGUUGAACGGCAUUGGAAACUGUACCUGUGGAACUGAUGAGGCUUUUGAAGAUUAUCUAGACUCGCACAGUAUUAAACCACAGGCUCAUUUUAUGAGCAUCGGUGACAAAGACUAUGAAGCCAAGUUGCCUAACUACAAGUACAACUCACUGUUUGAUCCAAUGAGUGCUGAAAACAACUCAUCAAGAACUCUAUACAUACUGGACACUGAACACCACAAUCAAAAGUAUACAGAAAACUGGGCCCAGACACGGUGGGGUGCCUUCUGGAUUGACUACUUGUACACCAUGGAAGAGCCUAGUGAACCGCAAUUAGAGGCAUCAGAAAACUCAAGUCAACAUUCUCAUCAAAGCACCACAGUGGAUCCUAUCUUUGAAUUCAAAGAAGUUUCCAAUCAGCGCAUUGUGUUCUUUGCUGGUGAUGUUCAUGUGAAUAGUAGCAUGGUUCAUCGUGUGCAGAAGGCAAUCACUUAUGCCAAUGACCAUGAUUAUGAACCUUACAGCAAAGCUAAACCAGAAAUAGUUGAUGUGUCACGUCCUGUCCCAACAUCUGAUCAGAUUGAACAAUUAGAAGACUUCGUGCCAAGCCGUAGUACACAUUUCACCGUCCUGGGACUCAAUUUGACUGUCAGUGCAGCAGAGCACUCGCAGUAUGAUGAAAAGCAGUCGACCCUAUAUCCUGAGAAACUGGAUUUGAAAGAUGAUGAUUUUGCAAGCAAGACUGUCUUACUGCCUGCCCUAGCUGUUCAGGUUGACAGGUUAGAUGUCCAGUCCACACUACCAAUGUACAGCCGAAAGUUGAUCAAGGCUAUCAGUAAAGUUCAACGACCUUCUGAUAACCUCCUUCAUGGUUGCUAUUCCCAUAACUAUUACAAGUUGUUUGGUGUUCAAGUUGGAUUAACUCAAGUUGAUUACACUGAGACAAGCAAUCCCAUAAUUCUCAACUUAUUGCCAUCAUUCAGUGUUGCUGCCUAUCAUAGGAAAUUACUUCUGCCAAUGUACUGGACAAAUCCCAGAAACAUUACUUCUGAGAUGUUGGUGGAGUGUCCAAGUAUUGCAGCCAAUGCCACCAAGGCUCAACUGUUGCUGUUACAGGAGUUGUACAAGACUUGGACAGAUGAAGUGCCAAUGCUUGAGAGGUUCGAAGAAGUCUCUCUUCAGCAAGACAUCUUUAAACCAUCAGUGCAAGCCUUUCCAUCUGGUCAACCUAUGUUGGAAUUUUCGUCAUCAGACAUUGAGAUCAAGACCAGUGAGACAAGUCUAGUGAAAGCAAUGUCAGGAACUUUAGGCAGUGCCAAGCUGCUGAUUCAGUCAUUAGAGAAUGGAAAAGUGAUAUCAACACCGCUUUUUCAAGCACCUGUGGAUACUGCUAAAGUUCAUACUGUUGAAUACUAUGAAAAAGAAGAAAAACCAAACAUCCAACCUGGAGUGUACCAGCAAGAUGUAGUGACAUUCACUUGCCAAAUACCAAAGGCAACAGAAAAGGCAACAGCACAUGAUGAAACCGGCCUGAUUUUGAUUGACAUCCAAGGACUGGCCUUCUGUCUGGAUCCACUUUUCUACCAGUGGCUCACUUACACACCUCGACCAGUUGGAGUUUGGAAAUCUGGUGGAAGAGGUACUACUAUGACACCCUCAAAAUCUACACCUUUCCAGACAAAGGCUUCUAUUAAAGGAUCAGCUAAUAACUCCAAAGCAAAAGAUGAAACUACAAAGUUGAGUGGUACAAAACAACUCCCUAAUCAGGAUCAACACCCCAGUAUGGAUGGUAAUAAGCAGGCUACUAAAGUUGAUGAUGCAAACGCUAUGGUUCAAGAGUAUUUGGCCAAAUUGAAAAAUUUUAGCAUACAGAUUGAUUUGGAGUGCUGUUCGAUUUAUCUACCAGCCACCCACAUCCAGAUACCAAAAAGUGCACCUCCAACUAUCCCACUCCUGUUCAGACAUUUAGCUCUGUCAGAAAAUGACAUGCCCCCCACUGCUGUCCUGUGUCUGCCUACUGUAACCAUCAAUAGCAUUGGACAUCGCAAAAUUGCCGCCUUACAGGAUAUUCCAAUCGACCAAUCACUUCUGGUCAAAGAAACAGGUCAGAAAUUCCCAUGGUCAAUAGCAGCAAGUUCACUUAGCUUGUACACGCUUCACCCUAUGUCCACCACUCUUUAUCUACUUGAACCAAUGACUGUCAACUCGACACUGGCCGUCACAAGUAGCGCAGGAGGACCGUCUGCUAAAAAUGUACUUGGAUUCUGCCUUCAUUCGGAUAUGAAGACUGUUAAGGUCAACUGCUCAAAACCACAGGUGUCCCUUCUUGCUAGUGUUUCAUGUGCAGCUAUUGAAGCUAUACAACAAACAACAUUGAAAGCCAGUAAGCAACGCAGGCACAAGAGCCGGAGCCAAAGUAUGGACAGCAAACAAAUGCCUCAACGUUCUCCCGUUAAGACCUUAAGCAGUGUGUCCUCUUCUGGACAGCCCGAGAAAGCACAGGGUCAGGAAGCCUCCACUAAUCUCUCAUCAACUAUCGAGGUUUCUUCGACACCUGACAGUGAAGAGAAUGAGGGCAGCACAAGUGGUCUGAGAUUGUCACUAUGGUUACAACUGACCCUAAAUAAGUUCUCUCUCAAUUUAUUCUCUGAGGAUUGUAAUGGUAAAGCACAAGAACUCAAGUUGCAGUCUGAUUUAGAGGAUCUGACAUUUUCUCUGGACAUUCAAGAAGUGUAUUCAAAGAUGAAGUGCAAGAUUGGGGGUCUAAAUGUAAAGCAUUACAUAAAAUGGAAUAAAUCCUGGAUUCCAGGUCCAUACAAAGGUGUGAUAUUGUCAUGCACUGACAUGAUCACCAAGCAACUACCACUCGUUAGCAGAAUUGCAUCUCAGAAAUCCUCCGCAUCUUAUGGACUUCACGCUCAACGUUCACCUGCGAAGUCCCGCGAUUCCAAGACUCACGGCUUUUUAACACUUACCUUUACACGUGCACUAAGCAAGUCAGUUAAAAAAAGACUUUAUCGGUCAAAAUUAAAAGUACAAGAGCCAAUUGCAAAGAUGAACCAAUAUGUAAAUGAAGUUGUGUUGUCUACUCAACCAUGUGAUAUUGUUGUGUGGUGUCCUGUAUUAGCUUCUAUGCUGAACAUUUUUAUGAUCGAUUUGUCUACAAGUUCACUUCGUCAGGGUGAAUCCGGACAAAUUCAGCCCUCACUGAAACGCCAUGAAAGAGUGCGGCGUUCUUUACGAAGUCCACCCUCGGUAGCCAGCUCGAUGACUGCCUCAGAAAUAACCAGAACAAGUGCUAGUAAGAAGUCUGUGAAUGAAGAAAUAAUCUCAACUAGAAAGCUUCCCCUAUUGUACAUUGAUUGCCAAGAGUUUAGACUUUUCCUUCCAGGCAGUGAUCCAAAUAAACCCCAUGCAUUGUCAGGAGAGAUCAGUCAAGAUUGUUUCUUGGCACAUGUGAAAUCCAUCUCCUUAACCCCUAAUGUGGACAAUCCACUGCAGAGAAUGAUUCUAAAGCAGGAAAUAUACAGAAAAGCUAUGCAUGCUGGGAUAACACAACAGCCUGGGUCUGAGGUUGAAGACCGGCAGUAUCAACUAGAUAUCAAUGCAGUUAGCCUGUGUACUGUAUUGUGGGAAGAUGUGGCAAUGGCUAGCGAUCAAGGUGUUCAAGAGAUUGGAUCAGCCGAUGACAGCAGCGUUACCUUGACGCAAAAUCCCGCUUUGGAGUGGAACAUGGCUAAAGCAAGGCAAAGUCCUCAGCAAAUCAGCAUUAGUCCCAUAAUUCAUAGCUUUGACUUGCGUGUUGUUGCUGCCCCAGCAAUUAUCAUGGACAAACCAUCUGCUGAUCCCACAAGUAAAAAGCGUAUUACUGUUUGCGGACACUCAUUAGAGUUCAAUAUUACAAGUGAUGUUGAUUUAUACUUAAGCGCUGGUCAGGUCCUACUAGCUCAGAUGGCCUUACAAACCAACAUUGGUGCCUUUUCUACAGUGUCUUCAUCAUAUACAACCAAAGGUAAAACAACUUCAUCCAAAGUAUCAGAGGAAAUACCCCUGGUAAGAGUGCGUCCAGUGGAGGACAGCGGUCUUGGAAGUGAAACGUCAUCAGUUAAUUUAAUACCAUCAAGUAUUGAAGGCCAGUCAGGGGAGAGAAUGACAAAUUUGUUGUCGGGGAAACUUGAAAAACCAAAGAAGCGGAAGACAAAAUUCACGCCAUUUGAUAUUCUUCUUACGGCAGGAAAGAUUUCGUUUAUGGUAUACUCACGUAGGUUCACAUCAGAACCUUUGCGACAUAAUAAUCAGAAAACCAAUAAUGAUAGAGGAAAGAAGUCAUCAUCAAUAACAAAGCAGAUGUCAGCUCUGUGUCUUGAGCAAGACAUCACCAGAAAAAACCAGCAGAAUGUCUGGAAUAAUGAAGAUGGCUGUACAAGCUCUGUUGCCAUUGAGAUGGACGCAUAUGAUGCUGAUGAAGAGAGCACGGAUGAUAAGGAUGAGGAAGAGAAGACUGUUAAAGUGAUCCACCCAUUUCUCUAUCUUGUCUUAUCGCAACCACAUGUUAUCAUAUCGAUGGAGAAAGUUAGUCAGAGGGCUGAGUUCUCAGUUUAUGAUUUCUCGAUUGAUGGAACUUCAAUCAAUUUCCGUGAGACAGAUGCUACGAAACAAGUGCCAGACAGUGGGGACUACACAGUGUCAUGGCUUGAGACAUGCCCGGGAGAUCCAGACCCUAAGACCGGUAUUCUACCAUCAUUAUUCACUUUCACAGUCAAAGAUUUCUUUUCUAGGCCUGCCAUCAUGAACAUGAGUGUAUGCAGACCAAUGAGGGCACAUCUUAGCCUCACUAAGAUGGAUCAGUUUUUUGACUUCUUAAGGAAACUCAGUCCACUUACAUCAUUCAAAUUUAAUGCCGAUCUAACGAAAAUGGAAGUGAGGCAGGAACAAAUACGAUCAAUCUCUACUAACCUAAGCAGUCUCAAAGAAUUGGAGGCUGAUGAAGCUGUAGAGGGCGACACAUCCCAGUAUUCUAAUGCCUUAUCUUACCUUGCCAUGAUUCAACAGGUUACACUGAAUAUGCAUCAAAUAGUAAUUGUCAUGACAACAAAGCCUCACCCAAAAUUACCAAUACUGUUGUUUUCAUUGGGCAGUUGUCAAGGAAGUGUUGUUGUAAAGAGCGAAGAUGGAAUGCCAAGUCAGCUAGUUUCUACAUUAGCAUUAAAAGAACUGCUCCUGAAAACCUCACUCCAACAUGUAACAAAAACAUUCAUUGGCCCAAGCAAAGCAGACAUGGGGAUAGAUGCCAGGUGGUGUUACCACAGUGGUAACACAUUCAGCGAUCUAAUACCCAGAUGUCAUUUUGAUCUGCAUGUAGGACACAUCCAGGUAUCCUUUGGCCAGGAACAUCUCAGUUGCCUACAACUUAUAACAGAGCAGGUGCAAGAGAUUGGAGACAGUAAUAUAACUAAAGAGUCUGAUAAUAAACCUUCAAAUAAAAGGAGGAGAAAAGACACGCACUCAGAGGAGGUUAUAUGUAGAUCAACUGAUGACCUACGUGCUGGGGCCUUCCGCUACCAUAGUGACAUAGAUGGCAUAGGUCUUCUACCAAAACCCAAUGAGAUCAUGUUCUGUACUGAACCUGAUGGUAAUGCUUGGAACCAGGGUGCCAUGACCUGGUGCUACCCAGAACCAAGAGUUCUCACCAAGGUGCUGGUGACACCUUUACCACUAAAUGCUGCUGUGACAUCUAGAGAAACAGAACAGAACUCUGAGGUUCCAUGUUUGAUCCAAUACUGGGAUAAUACUCGGAAGUGCUUCACUUCGUUUCGUUUGCUGUGUCUGUCUGAGUCAAGUUCAUGUGAAGUCAAGUUACCCUAUGUAGAACAGGAGCCUUCUCACCACUUGGUUGCAGCAGAGCUGUGGAGGGUUAUUGUAAACUACACCAGUGAAAAUCAGCCUGAAGGCACUGUUCAAUCUGUAUAUCCGCUGUUAUCUCCAAUGGCUCUAGCAGCUUCCAUGCGAGUGGACUCUUGCUUCUGUCCUCGCUUCGUACCAGCAUUUACCUCAGCAGUUCAUGUUGACAUGGUUGAAUUGAAACUCGCUAACCAUUUCAAUCAACUUGGAAAAGGACUCUCCAAGAGGUUUGAACCAUUCAAGUUAGACAAGUUAAACCCAAAAGAUCAAGAGUUUAUGACAGUGACAUUAGAGGAAUCUAUGGUUAUGGCGAGCACCUGGGGCUCAAGACAAGAGAAAGUCAUUCUUGAGGCCUCAUCAACUGUAUCUUGUAAUCUACUUGAAUACAGAAACCUGACUGUGCAACGUUUUCUCGAGCCAUGUGAAUUUGAAGUUUCGCUUGACCUUGAUUCUGGUGUUGUAUGCGAAAUGCAAGCUGACCUUGGACCAAUGAAUGUCAACUUAGGUCAAAGUACAAUACAUACCUUGAACUCAGCUGUACAAGCUUGGAACCAGUAUAAAGAGAAGGAGAGAGAAGAGCUUGUACUUACGUACUACACAAUCUGUAAUGAUACCGUUGAAACACUUCGAUUUGGUCAAGUACACACCGACGAGUCUAUUGUGUUGCCAUGCCGACAGAUGCAUGCUUACAGUUGGCGGACGCAUAAGACAGUGCAUUGGGGACAGAAAAUACAUGUGUGUAUAGAAGGUUGGCGUAACUGGCGUUGGUCGGAGCCAUUCAGUAUUGAUGAGCAAGCAACCAUUGUAAGGAAGCUGCAGCACAAAGGUCACUCAGCUACGCUGUUUAUCUGCAUUAGAAAUGUUACUCCACUUCAAAAACAGGUUGUCUUCUAUGGCCAGCAGCUGUUUUCAAGUCGUGUGAACAUACCAUUGGAGAUACAAUUAAAUAAAAUAGUGCAGGUAGGCGGAAGCAGUAUGGAGUGCAAGCAAACACUUUCGCUGCCUCCUGAGGGCGUCCUGCCCUCGCUGGCGUGUGAUGAUGAAUCCAUUACAAGUAUGCGUAUCAAAGUAGGAAAUCGAGAUUCUGAAUGGUCUGAGCAGAUGGCAGUGUCUGGGGAGAUGAGCAGAAAGAAUGCUAUUGUCAAGGUUUCCUGUAAGGAUGAAGCCAUCCUGCAGCUUUGGUGCCGUAUAUACACUGAAGAACAUAGUGGAGAGACACAGAGGCUGAUAAUUUUCAGUCCCCUAUUCACUGUGCGUAGCCAUCUCCCAAGACCGCUGGUUAUGAGUCUCCACACAAAGAAAUUCAGUUCUGUACAAGUGUACAAUGUCAAAGGUCAGGGUAACAAGCUGGAUCUCUAUGAUGUUAUUCCAUCCACAUGGCAUUCAGCAACAUUCCAGUUGAGUGAGAAUACAUCCCCUUCUAAUCCUGGAAUACCUGUGUCAACCGAACUUCUGGAUGAAAUAGUCCAAAUGAAGGACGAAGCUGAGGAGGAUGAACCCAAAUUGACGAUUCCUGUGUUGGCCUACGACUGGAAGAAAGAGAUUGAAGCUAGCUGGCCAUAUAUUGGAUCCAGUGGAAAGAGAUUAUCCAGUAUUGACACUGAUGUUGACACAGAGAACAGCCUUAUAGAGGAUGAUAUACAGCAGCCUAACACUGACCUCAAGGUCAGUCUUCACCAACACUGGUCGGAGGUCAACACAAUAAUUAUUGAUGUGAUGCCAUGGUGCCUUAUCGUCAAUCAGUCACACCUAGACUUGGUAAUUAUUGAGGAAGGUGAACCCAACUUAUAUGUGAAACAUAGAAAAGCUGUUGCACCACAGAAAUUUAAGGGUCACAUUAACUUAGUGUUUGAGGACAGUAAGCAAGAAAGCAUUUCAAGGGAUCCAAUCUUUAUACUUGCUAAUAAACCACCAGCUUGGCAAGAUUUGGGAACCAAUGAACUUCCACCUGAAGGAAGUAUGUUAUACUCAAUGACCAACAAGGAGGAUGCAGAGAAUAUUUGGCAUCUCAAUAUUACUUCAUCUAUGAAGUAUGGGAUGAGAAUAAUCAGCAUUCGUGAAAGAGUACUAAUGGUUAAUAAUAGCAAGUACAAUCUGAUGGUCAGGCUUGUUGAUACAUCCAGGUGUCAAGAAAUGAUUUCAAUCAAAGAUCAAGACUCAUUUCAUGCAAUACCAAUCCCAUAUGCAAAAGAUAAAGUACACCCUGUAUCUGAAUGGAAUCUUCCAGAUGGUAACAAACACGUUACCUUCAACACACCAAGACAGUUGUACGUUUCAGUUGCUGUCAGUGAUUCUGUAGGAUUAAAACAAGACAGCUGGGAAAAGUGGAGUAAGUGGGUGAGACUUAAUGAUUCAAGGCCAAGACAGGCGAUUGCAGUACCUUAUUCGCAAGCGAAUUCCCUGGUAGAAACAGAACCUCUACUGGUCCUGAGUCAUGAGCAUGAAGGCAUUCUGUACAUCACAAUAGACGUUGAUCCUACACCUCGAACGGUCAUUAAAAACAAAUGUCACUUUGAUUUACGAUUUGCACAGACUUUCUUAGAAAGUGAAUUUAGAGAUCAAGGCUUUAUUUUGGAAGAUGAUGAAAGUCUUCAGAAUAUAUCAUUCAUUCACAGCCAUUCAACAAGACACUUUGACAUCCAGCAGAAACCAACUUCCCAGACGGACAGUCAGCAUGCGACUCCUGGCCUUAUCUUUGCUCAUCACACAUCGCAUUUUAGAAGUCUCCAAGAGUCAGUGCUUGAGCACUCCAUUGAGGAAGCAGAACCUGCCGAUGGCAACUGGACUGAAGCUGUGGCACUGGCAUCCAGCAGUGAUCUUAAGUCUGAGAUUCUGACAAUGCCUGGAAUCGGUUACAUCCUAGUUAGCAGCUACUGUAUUGCAUCCUGUCUACAGAUAAUUGUGGAGCCACUGAGCAUGUCUUCUAAAGACGAUGGAACAGAUGAGAAAACAAUUGAAUACCAAGAUUAUGCUGACAUGAAAGAGGUGGAAGUAGAGGAAAAUGAAAUUGGAGUGGCGACUGAAAUGAAAAUUGGACUCUUUUUUUCGGAACUAUGUAUCAAAAUUCUAGAUCAAGCAUCACAGCCUGUACAGGUGUCAGAACUAUUGUGUUUAUUAUUGGAGGACGCUUGUCUGUUGUAUUAUCCCUCCAGCAAUGCUAAUUCUGAAGUCAUACAGCAGAAUUUGCAUAUUGCUAUUGGGCAUGUACAGUUGGAUAACCAAUCGUUCAGCAAUGGAAACUUCAAUUUCCCUGUCAUCUUGGUAUCGGAUGAUGAGAUGCUGACAAAACCAGUUCAGAAACCAGUGCUGCAGAAGAUCUCAAUUGAAGAACAAGCAGAAAUCAGCCACUCUGAAGACACUUUUGUUUUCCAUGUUAUUCUGGAAAAAGAGAGAUUAGAAAAUGGCUCAGGGGGUGUGCAGUCAGUGAAUGUAAAAGUCUUGCCAUUGGCAGCUUAUCUUGAGGAUCAGCUGAUAUUUCAGCUUAUGACAAGGUACAAGAGCUUCAUUCCAAGUAAGCUGGAAGAAUCCAUUGAGAUCAUUCAUGACAUACCGUUAGUUGUUAGAGCUGUUAAUCAGAGUCUGAGACUACCAAUCUGCAUGCAGCAUUUGACAAUUCAACCAAUUACAGUGCAAGCUAGUGUUCAUGCAUCGCUGAAGAUGUUUAUAUCAUUGGACGGGACAUUGUUAUCAUUCGGAAAGUUUGACUGUCGCCCGGUGUUUACGACAAGCAGGCAACUUGUUCAGGCCCUGACAAUGCACUACACGUCAGGUGCACUAUUUAAAGCAGGAUGGGCAAUUGGUUCACUGGAGAUUCUGGGUAAUCCAGCAGGACUUGUACGCAACAUUCGUAGUGGCAUUGCAGACUCCAUCUACCUUCCUUAUGAGGGACUAACUAGAGGCCCAGCAGCUUUUGUGUCUGGUGUAACUGGAGGUGUAUCAUCACUCAUCAAACAUGUAUCUGCAGGCACACUCUCCUCUGUCACCAAUUUUGCAUCCAGUGUUUCAAGAAACCUUGACCGGCUGACCCUUGACCCAGACCAUAUUGCAAUGCAAGAACAGCAGAGAAGGAUGGUCCCAGACAGGGUGUCAUCUGGCUUAAUUAAUGGCCUUAGUAGCUUUGGGAUCAGUCUGUUAGGGGCAAUUGCUGGUAUAGCAGAUCAACCAAUCAGAGGCUUUCAACAGGCUUAUAAUGAAACGCUAACCCAACAGGCAACUGGGGUAAUAUCAGGAGUGGGGCGUGGUGUGAUGGGUGUUGUCAUCAAACCCCUAGGGGGCGCUGCUCAGUUUGUUUCUCAAACUGGUAAAGGGAUUCUACACAGUACUGGUCUGUCACCCACACUGAAACCAAAACACCCAGUCCGCAACCAGCUUGCAGCUAUGGCUGUCAAUGGACAAGUCAAGUACAUGUGGAAAAUGCUGCAUACGUUACGGAAUCCAACGAUCCUCAUGUGCCUAGAUGCUGUGUCUGUGACAUACCACGGACUUCACCACAGCGGCGUACUUCUGCUCACUCCUGAAAUCCUGUUCAUUGUCAGCAGUAGUGAAGACACCCAGCAGCAGGCAUUCCCAGUGUCGGAGAUCGAGUGCCGUUCCAAGCUUAAUGAAGAAGACAUGCUGUACCUGGAUAUGAAGCAAGCCAUGACACCUACCAACCAAGAGAAGGACACAACUGCCAGUCGAGUUGCAGACUUUGUUGACGCCACUUCCAGAUUUACACUUGAGAGUGACAGCCAAUCGGAAGGCUCGACGGCAGCUGAACCACACCCAAAUUACUGUUAUGAAGUCGAUCCUCGUUUGCGUGACACUUUCAUCUCUAUUUUCAACCAAGCAAAAAAUCGUCUGCUAGGGAAAGGUUUCCAUGGCGAUGAUGCUCAAAGUUCUACGUUAAGCAAGUUUAAAGCUUGGCACUUAUCUGCUACAAAACGCUUAGAUUUAUGAUUGAGGUUUUGUUCAAUAUUUACAGUGACAACAUUCAUUAUUUGUGUGUGCUGAAUGAGGUAUAUUCAGUAAUAUGAAAAUAAUGUAAUAACUUGUUUCACACAAGAAGAAUCUCCACCUGUUACGUAAAUGCAAGCAAUGCUACUACACCAAUCACUGUAGUCUAUUUUUCUUGUGAACCGUUGGAAAUUUGGGAAUACCCUAUAAUAUGUGUUUGGGCCCAAGUCAGCUUAACAUUUUCACAAGAGGGAGAAUGAGAAAACAUUGGAAAAUCUUAUUGCUUUAUGGCUGAUGUAUGCUAAUGUGAACUAAGCAUUAUAAGAAUGAAGUGGCAUAUAUUUUUAAGGGGGUAGUGGCCUUAGUGCCUUACCUUGUAUUCCAAAUUGUCUGGGUUCAAUCUUGGCCCAAAAUGUCCGGAUUUCUCUUUCAAACUAAAACAACUCCUCUCUCCAAACAUCAUAAAUGUCUAAAUAUAAAUAUGUUCACUUGCAACUACCAAUGGUGGAAUGAACAUCUCAGGAUGUUUACUUUUUUACAGAAUGUGGGAUUUCAAGCAUUAUACCCUUCGAAAACUCAUACUUACCAUGAAUACUUUUAAAGAGAAAAUACACGAUAGAUUAAUUUAAUAUUCAAAUUACAUGUGGUAUUCAGAUAAUAAAGAUAGCAUAUCCUGUUAAAUAAAACCUAUACCACUCAAAGAAAGUUGGACUUUUAUUCCAUAAUCAUAAAAAUUAACGAUUUCAUAGUACAGUAAUUGGAAUGCUUAUUAGCUACCUCGUCCCACCAAAUGAGGAUUGUAGAUUUUAAAUAUACAGUAUAUAUUUCUAUAUAAAGGUUACAACCUUUAUUAUUAAUACUAUUAAAUAUUUAUUAUUAAAUGUUCACAUUUAGGUAUAUCUUGUUGAAAAUGUCAGAACGAAUAUAAUAUCCAUUACAUGCAAAAUAUAAUAAUUUGAUACUUUGUAUUCCACAUGCUAGUGUAGCAAUAAAGUAGAAGCUAUAGUAAGCAAAUCUAUUUGAAAAAAAAAUGCAUAUAAUUGUGGGUGUACCAGGCCUUGACAAUACAGUAAACUGAAGUUCAAUGGAAUUGUUAUAGCUUAGUGGUUAAGAUGCUUGCCUUCUAAUCCCGGGGUUCUAGGUUCAAUUCCUGGGACAGCAUGAGUUUUUUCUCGCCCUAAGCCUCGCCAUAAGCCUCGUGAAGAGACUUAGUGUAUAAAGCAUUGUUCCAUCCUGUACCUGGCAAGUUACUUGAUAUUGGAUGCUGAAGGAAUUUGUUUUAAUAAACAAAAGACAUCACAACAUUGGUAGAUUAAUGCAUUUACAUGAAGCUGGAGUAUUUGUGAGCCACCAAUUACAUAACAGCCGAUCGCAACGUAAAUCUAGUCAGAAUAAGAUAUUAAUAUCUGUGUAUGGAGAAUGUUGUGUGCGUUUGGUUGGGUUGUGUGCAGAUUUGACUACUAAAUAAGCCAAACAAUUGUUUACAGUCGCAUAUAUUGGGAAGGGGGGUGUGUGUGUGUGUCAGUGCAUGUGGGUGUGUGUGGCAGUGAGUGUGGGAGUGUGUGCGCAAGCCUAAGUGGCCACUUAAUAAGCCAAAUAAUUUAUUAUAAUGUGCAGUAAAAUCAGCAAGGUUGCAAGUACAAAUCAGUGUUACGUACAGUAUAUCAUACAUCCUACAUUACGAGUAUAUUUAGUCGUACUUGUCAGAAAGUUGCUAAAUACACAACAUAUUAGGCUAUAAUUUUGGUAUUAUAAUAUGAUAAUUUACUUAAGUUAUAAUUCUUAAACGAUGGCCUUUACCAACUAGCACUUACCAACCCCAUUUUCAUUGUCUUCCAUUUUUCUUGAUUGCACAUUUUUUGUUAUUGUAAUCUAUUUAAAUAAAGAAAUUAUUUAUUCCUAUCUUA